AUGAGGAGGGGCUCGGAAGGCAGCGGGGAGGGCGAGGGGCUCUCGAGCCUGCGGGCGUUCGCCCACAGCUCCUCGCUGCACGGCAUCAGCCACGUCUUCGCCUACGGGGCCGUGUCCCUGCGCCGCGUGCUCUGGGGCGGCUUUUUCCUGGGCUCGCUGGGGCUGCUGCUGCUCGUGUGCGCCGAGCGCGUCGCCUACUUCCUCACCUACCCGCACGUCACCAAGCUGGACGAGGUGGCUGCCCGCAACCUCACCUUCCCGGCCAUCACCAUCUGCAACCUCAACGAGUUCCGCUUCUCCAAAAUCACCCGCAACGACAUGUACCACGUGGGCGAGCUGCUGGCGCUGCUCAACGAGCGCUACGAGAUCAGCAACCCGCAGCUGGCCGAGCCCCACGUCCUGGCCGCGCUGCGCGACAAGGCUAACUUCAAGAACUUCAAGGCGAAGCCCUUCAGCAUGGCCGAGUUCUACAACCGCACGGGCCACGACCUGGCCGACAUGCUGCUGCAGUGCUCCUUCCGCGGCACCGGCUGCACUGCCCGCAACUUCACCGUGAUCUUCACCCGCCUGGGGAAGUGCUACACGUUCAACCCAGGGGGGCCGGGCCGGGAGGUGCUGACCACGCUGCAGGGCGGCUCCGGCAACGGCCUGGAGCUCAUGCUCAACGUGCAGCAGGAGGAGUACCUACCCGUCUGGGGGGACACAGAUGAGACCUCGUUUGAGGUGGGGGUGAAGGUGCAGAUCCACAGCCAGGACGAGCCUCCUUUCAUUGACCAGCUGGGCUUCGGCGUCGCCCCUGGCUUCCAGACCUUCGUCUCCUGCCAGCAGCAGCGGCUGGUGUACCUGCCCCCGCCGUGGGGGGACUGCAAGGCCACCCCCAUCGAGUCCGACUUCUUCACCAACUACAGCCUGACGGCGUGCCGCCUGGACUGCGAGACGCGCUACCUGGCCGAGAACUGCAACUGCCGCAUGGUGCACAUGCCGGGCAAUGCCAACGUCUGCACCCCGGAGCAGUACAAGGAGUGCGCCGACCCCGCGCUGGACUUCCUGGUGACGAAGGACAGCGAGUACUGCGCGUGCCGCACGCCCUGCGCCAUGGUGCGCUACGGCAAGGAGCUCUCCAUGGUCAAGAUCCCCAGCAAGGCCUCGGCCAAGUACCUGGCCAAGAAGUUCAACAAGACGGAGCAGUACAUUGCGGACAAUGUGCUGGUCCUGGACAUCUUCUUCGAGGCACUCAACUACGAGAUGAUCGAGCAGAAGAAGGCGUACGAGGUGGCGGGGCUGCUGGGUGACAUCGGGGGGCAGAUGGGGCUCUUCAUUGGCGCCAGCCUCCUCACCAUCCUGGAGAUCUUUGAUUACCUGUACGAGGUGUUCCGGGACAAACUCCUCAGCCUGUACAAGGAGAAGAAGCGGAGCCCCCGGAGCGACGGCGGCACCCUGGAGCACCCGGCGGUCCCGGGCAGCCCCACGGCCCCGCGCCCACCCAGGGCGCCUGGCCCCCCCUGCCCGGCCCCGCGCCCCGUCUCGGCGUCGCCCCGAACCUGCUACCUCGUCACCCGGCUCUAG